AUGGAGAUUGGCCAUUUGGAACACACCAACUUCAUCCUGUUGCACUGUGUUUCCUGUAAUAUCUCUGUGGAUAAGGAACAGAAAUUAUCCAAACACAAAGAUGGAGAUGGUUGCAAUCUGGAGACUGUCUGUGCAGGCUGCUCCCUCUACCUGGGCUACAUAUACAGAUACACUCCCAAGAACCUAAAUUACAAGCAGGACUUGUUUUGUCUCAGUGUUGAAGCCAUUGAAAGUUAUGCUUUAGGGUCCUCUGAAAAGCAGAUCUUGCCAGAAGAUAAAGAGCUUUUUAAUCUUGAAAGCAGAGCUGAAAUAGAGAAGUCUCUAAAGCAGAUGGAAGAUGUCUUGCUAGUGCUGCAAAGGAAGCUGUGGGAGGUGGAGUCAAUGUUGGCCAUUAUCGGUUCUAACAGAUGA